GCAAGAGAAAACGAUCAGAAGAGAAAAACUAAGCUAAAAACUGAACAGUUCAUGCAUGGCGCUGGAGUGGGUGGUUCUUAGCUUCACGGCGGCGGCAGAAGCGGCGAUGGUCCUUCUCCUGACCGUCCCGGCAGGCGUCAACCCCCUGCGGAAGGGCCUAGUCUCCGUCACCCGCGGCCUGCUCAAGCCCUUUCUCUCCGUCAUCCCCUUCUGCUGUUGGAAUAAUCUUAAAUUUUGUUAUUAAUUACUUGGUUUAUUUAUUCAUUAAUUAUUUGUUGUUUCCAUUUGAAUAGGUCUACGUACUAAUAGCUAUUGUUUAGGCAUUAUUAAUGCUUAGUUGCUUAGGUGGUUAUACACGUAUGAGUAUGGCUAUAGUUUAGGAAGUUAGUGUGGCCAUUAUCCAUUGUAAAUUGGCUAUAUAAAGCCUAAUUUAUAUGCAAAAUAUAUGAGCUCUUGAUCAUCUUCUUUGUCAUUUUAUAUACACCCAGUUCUAGAGUGUAGUUCCAGUAUGAUACUAUACUCGUUAUUAGCUUACAUUUGGUAUCAGAGCCGCAUGAUCUAGGGCUUGUGAAGUGAAAUCUUAUACAUACACCUAUAUAUAUAUUACGUAUUCUAUGGCAUCAAAUAAUUUCUCCAUCUCUAUCCCAUUAUUCAAAGGUGAUAACUAUCUUUCAUGGGCCAUCAAAAUGAAAGCAUACAUGAAAGCUCUUAGUUUAUGGGAUGUCAUUGAGAGUGACAGUGAGCCUACUCCUCUUCCAGGAAAUCCAACAGUAGCCCAAAUCAAGAAACAUAAAGAAGAAAUGGCACGAAAGCCAAAGGCACUUUCAUGUAUCCAUGCAGCGGUGUCCGAAGAGAUUUUCACAACAAUCAUGGAUUGUGAGUGUCCUAAAGAAGCAUGGGAGAAAAUUAAAGAGGAGUUCGAAGGCAACCAACAAACCAAACUUAUGCAAAUUCUCAAUUUCAAAAGGGAGUUUGAGAUGGCGGGGAUGAAAAGUAACGAAGGUGUCAAAGAAUAUGGGAAAAGGUUGAUGUCCAUUGUCAAGAAUAUCAAAUUACUUGGUGGAGAUUUUUCAAGUCAAAGAGUUGUGGACAAGCUUUUGGUAACUCUUCCGGAGAGAUAUGAGACUAAGAUCUCUUCACUUGAAGAUACUAAAGAUCUCUCAAAAUUAAGUGCCUUGGAAUUGAUAAAUUCUCUUCAUGCCGUUGAUCAAAGGAGAUCAAUGAGAGAGGAAGAAAAUGGAGAAAAAAAUGAGGGACUCCUGUUAACUAAAUCUUCAUUCUCAAAAGGAACUGGCAACAAAAUUCUAUGCAAUCACUGUCAUAAGGUUGGUCAUGAAGAAAAGGAUUGUUGGCACAAAGGAAAGCCACAAUGCUUCAAAUGCAAAAGGUUUGGGCAUCUGGCAAAGAAUUGUAGAUUCCAAACUGAUGAAGAAGACUUGGCACAUUUGGCCGAGGCAGAACCUCUCCUUCAAAAUUAUGGGUGAUUAUGUGCACCAUGGGGAGAAGUGCUCCAAAGUGUUUAUUUUGAUGAGACGUGCAUCAAAAUUUGGUGGUGGUGAGAAGUGCAUCACAGAUGAAGAGAAGUGCUUCACAAAAUUUAAGAUUAUGGGGAUGAUUGUUGGAAUAAUCUUAAAUUUUGUUAUUAAUUACUUGGUUUAUUUAUUCAUUAAUUAUUUGUUGUUUCCAUUUGAAUAGGUCUACGUACUAAUAGCUAUUGUUUAGGCAUUAUUAAUGCUUAGUUGCUUAGGUGGUUAUACACGUAUGAGUAUGGCUAUAAUUUAGGAAGUUAGUGUGGCCAUUAUCCAUUGUAAAUUGGCUAUAUAAAGCCUAAUUUAUAUGCAAAAUAUAUGAGCUCUUGAUCAUCUUCUUUGUCAUUUUAUAUACACCCAGUUCUAGAGUGUAGUUCCAGUAUGAUACUAUACUCGUUAUUAGCUUACAUCUGCCUCUUCCUGAUCCUCGACAUCUACUGGAAGUACGAGUCACGGCCGAGCUGUAAGUCGCCGGGGGCGUGCACCGUGACCGAGCAGCUGCGCCACCAGAAGUCCGUCGCGAAGAGCCAGUGGAACGCGCUGAUCAUCGCCGCCGCCUUGUUGCUGUACUGGCUGCUCUACAGCGUCACGAAUCUGGUGGGGAGGCUGGAGAAGUUGAACGAGCGAGUUGCGAAGUUGCAGAAGCAGGAAUAAUAUAUGAAGUGUGUCUUGGUCGUACUUUAAGGUUAGGUCAACGCUAUAAAUAACUUACUUCCUUUGACUUGGUUUUCUCAUUUACCUUUGUCCUCACUUUGCCAAAUAAAAUUGCGAUUUAAUAAAUUUAUAUAAAAAACGAUGAAAUAAGAAUAUGCUUCAUUGUUUUAUUUAUUUAUUUAAAAGUAUAUAAGAACUUUCUUAUGUAGACCGAAAAUGAAUUCAGUUUUAUUUAAUAGAUAGGGUGAAUGUUAUUAGGAAAUACCAAAAAAUAAAGAGGGAG